CAGGACGCGCGCAGCGAGCUGCAGCAGAACGCGUCAAGGACUUUCCGAUCUCGCGGCUCGCCGAGGCGAGGGGCAACCUGCAGGCGCAGCUCGCCGGCGCCCAGCGCGCCGCGCGGCAGCGGGCGGCCCAGGCCGCGGAGUGGCAGGCGAAGGCCGCCGCCCUCGAGCAGGCGGCCCGGCGGCAGGCCAGCGAGGGCAAGAACACGGCCAAGGUGCUGAGGGAGAACCAGCGCCUGCGUCAGGAU